AUGAAUCGAGAGAUCCCCAGGACCAGCUCCUCAAGCACCUGUCGCUUCGGCAGCCUCAGCCAUCACUCCUUCUUCUCCCGACACCACCCGCACCCCCAGCACGUGGGGCACAUCCAAGACCUCACUGGGAACCGUGUGUGUACAGUCAGGGCCGAGUUCUCUCCAGCCCACCUGCCCCAUAGCUCGCUGCUGGGCUGCUGCCUGAAGAUGCCCCGUAUCUCCUUCCCCAUCGGAGACCCACAGUCCAAUCGGGAACCCCUGCUUUUUUCCGAGGCCUGGAAGAAGGAGCUGAAGCAGCUGUCCUCGCGGCUGGCCGCCUUUGCCACAGAGAGUGAGCCGAGGGACAAGAAGGAGAAAGAGCCCGAGAAGCCCCCGCGGGAGCACGGGGCCAAAUAUUCAGCACAGACGGGCCGGCUCAUCCCCGCACCCACCAGAGCCACCAGCCACUUCCCCUCGGGCAAAUCCACUCGCAGUAGAUACAGCGGCACGCGGGCCUUCCUCCUGGAGGACCGGGACCUGCUGGUCCUCGAGCUCCUGUGUCAGAUCCUACAGACAGAUUCCUUGAGGUCUAUCCAGGCAUGGCUCCUUGGCUCAUCGCAAAAAGUUCAUUCCACCAGCCUCCGAAGCAGUACUCACGACCUGCACAUCACAGAUGAGAAACAGGUUCAGAACAGCUUGAACGACUGUUCAGAACCAUCAGGCGGAUGA